CAGAGAGGAGAAGAGAGGAGGAAGCAUGCUAUUGACAGUGUCCUUAAGCCUCCCACAAAUAACAGCCAUUAGUGGGAAGGUCAGAAGCUGAGCAGGCAGCUUGACUGAGGCACUGAGUGCCACUCCAGAAAUCAAGAGGCUAGCAAAUUUUAGAGGGAGUUUAAGUGGGUAAUAGCUAGCUGUAAAGGUACAGCCACUGUUGGCACAGUUGACUCAUAGGUUCUCCCCCCACUAAGGAGAAUAUUUUUAUUGACCACAGGUGGACUUAAUAUAUUUUAAGGCAACAGUUCUUUGGGUUCUUGUUUGUUUCUUCACAGAUAUUGAAUUUGCUGCUUUUGAGAAUUUUUUUGUACUUAAUGGUGGUGAACUGGAGGAAAGUUUAACAGAAAAGCUUUCAGGAGAUGUAGGAUCUAAGGAAGAAGGCACAUUUGUGUCAACAUAGUGUACAUUUUCUCAUCUUUUCUCAUUGCACACUAAUGACACAAAGCUGCCACUGAAGCUCUCUUCAGUUUCUUUUGUUGUUUCAGAGAGUAAGGUUUAUUGUUUUUCUUGAGUUAAGAAAAACAAGAGAGUGGUACAGUUGUCCUCCUAAAUUUGUAGAUUUUAUUAGAAGAUGAAUGUUCCUUACCUUUUAAGUUUAGAAAGAAUAGCUUUUUACCCUGGCUGCUUUUAUGAGAUGUCAGAAGAGGCAGAAGUGGAUGUGAGAGACAGAGACACACAGAGACACAGAGAGCGAAAGAGGGCAAGAGACUUGACUUUAAGAGACUCCUGCACUGACAACUCCAUGCAGUUCGGAACAAGAGCGGCAACGACCGAAUCUGGUUUCAUGGGGACAUGGCAGAACACUGACACUAACCUUCUAUUCAGAAUGUCCCAACAGGCCAUCCGCUGUACACUGGUAAAUUGCACAUGUGAAUGUUUUCAGCCAGGGAAGAUUAACCUGAGAACCUGUGAUCAGUGUAAACAUGGCUGGGUGGCCCAUGCUUUGGACAAGCUUAGCACUCAGCAUCUGUACCAUCCAACCCAAGUGGAGAUUGUGCAGUCCAACGUAGUGUUUGACAUCAGCAGCUUGAUGCUAUACGGUACCCAGGCCGUACCUGUGAGACUGAAGAUACUGCUUGAUCGACUCUUCAGUGUACUGAAGCAAGAAGAGGUGCUGCACAUCUUGCAUGGCUUAGGCUGGACACUUCGUGACUACGUUAGGGGUUACAUCCUUCAGGAUGCUGCAGGCAAGGUGCUGGACCGCUGGGCCAUCAUGUCCAGGGAAGAAGAGAUUAUUACCCUUCAGCAGUUUCUGAGAUUUGGGGAAACCAAAUCCAUCGUGGAGCUGAUGGCAAUUCAAGAAAAAGAAGGGCAGGCCGUGGCUGUGCCAUCUUCAAAGACGGAUUCAGACAUAAGGACUUUUAUUGAAAGCAAUAAUCGCACCAGGAGCCCAAGUCUCCUUGCUCACCUGGAGAACAGCAACCCUUCCAGCAUUCAUCAUUUUGAAAACAUCCCUAACAGCCUUGCAUUCCUCCUACCGUUCCAGUACAUAAAUCCAGUAUCUGCUCCGCUGCUGGGGCUACCUCCAAAUGGCCUCCUGCUGGAACAGCCAGCAAUGAGGCUGCGUGAACCUAGCCUUACAACCCAAAAUGAAUAUAAUGAAAGCAGUGAAUCUGAAGUUUCCCCCACACCAUUCAAGAAUGAGCAGGCAUCCAGCAGGAAUGCUCUGACCAGCAUCACAAAUGUUGAACCCAAAACUGAGCCAGCCUGUGCAUCUCCUGUUCAGACAUCUACACCUGUCAAUGAUUUGUCCAAAACGGAGCACACAAAAAGCUCAUUCAGGAUCCACAGAAUGAGGAGAAUGGGGUCAGCAUCAAGAAAAGGGAGAGUGUUCUGCAAUGCUUGUGGUAAAACUUUCUAUGACAAAGGUACUCUCAAAAUUCACUACAAUGCAGUCCAUCUUAAAAUCAAACACCGGUGCACUAUUGAAGGCUGCAACAUGGUCUUUAGCUCUCUUAGAAGUCGCAAUCGUCACAGCGCUAACCCAAACCCACGUCUUCACAUGCCUAUGCUAAGGAACAACCGAGACAAAGAUCUAAUCCGUGCUACAUCAGGAGCUGCCACCCCCGUUAUAGCAAGUACAAAAUCCAACCUAACUUUAACAAGCCCUGGUCGGCCUCCAAUGGGCUUUACCACUCCCCCUCUAGACCCUGUACUACAGAACCCUCUUCCUAGCCAGUUGGUGUUUCCAGCUUUAAAGACUGUCCAGCCUGUUCCCCCUUUUUACAGAAAUCUACUUACUCCUGGAGAGAUGGUGAGCCCUCCAACCUCACUACCUACCAGUCCUAUAAUACCAGCCACUAGUGCAUUGGACCAACAUCCCCCUCCAGAGUCGUCAACACCUACAGUGGUCAUGCCCACCCCUGAGCUUAAUGCUGACCUUGCCCCCAAGAAGAAACCAAGGAAGUCAAGCAUGCCAGUGAAAAUAGAAAAGGAAGUUAUUGACACAGCUGAUGAGUUUGAUGAAGAUGAAGAGACUAAUGACAACAGCACAAUGGGUAAUGAUAUUGGUCAUGACAAUCAUUGCCAUUCUCAGGAGGAAAUGAGCCCAGGUUUGUCUGUGAAAGAUUUUUCUAAAAGUGAUAGAAGCAGGUGCAUUUCCAGGACAGAGAUAAGAAGGGCAGACAGCAUGACAUCAGAAGACCAGGAGCAUGAAAGAGACUAUGAAAAUGAGUCAGAAUCUUCAGAGCCAAAAUUGUGUGAGGAAUCCAUGGAAGGUGAUGAUCGCAUCCAUGAAGUGCAUGAAAGAUCUAUGAUUAACAGGCCGGAUGAAAAUCACAAUGAAUCUUCUAACCAGGAUGUAAUUAAGGUGAAGGAAGAGUUUACAGACCCUACAUAUGAUAUGUUUUACAUGAGCCAAUAUGGGCUGUAUAAUGGAGGCAGUGCGAGUAUGGCUGCUCUUCAUGAAAGUUUCACUUCAACAUUCAGCUACAACAGCCCUCAGAAGUUCUCCCCAGAAGGUGAGCUGUGUUCAAGCCCUGAUCCCAAGAUCUGCUAUGUGUGCAAGAAGAGUUUCAAGAGUUCCUACAGUGUGAAGCUGCACUACAGGAACGUUCAUUUAAAAGAGAUGCAUGUCUGCACAGUGGCUGGCUGUAAUGCUGCCUUUCCAUCACGGAGAAGCAGAGACAGACACAGUGCUAACAUAAACCUGCACCGUAAACUGUUGACCAAAGAACUGGAUGACAUGGGACUGGACACUUCUCAGCCCUCUCUUAGUAAGGACCUCCGUGACGAAUUUUUGGUGAAGAUAUAUGGUGCCCAGCAUCAGAUGGGUCUUGACAUAAGGGAAGACACAUCCUCGCCAGCUGGUACUGAGGAUUCCCACAUGAAUGGAUAUGGAAGGGGCAUGUCUGAAGACUAUAUGGUCCUAGACCUGAGCACCACUUCCAGCAUCCAGUCUAGCAGCAGUAUCCAUUCCUCAAGAGAAUCCGAUGCAGGAAGCGAUGAGGGGAUUCUCCUAGAUGAUGUUGAUGGAGCAAGUGACAGUGGGGAAUCUGCCCACAAAGCGGACAACCCUACCUUAGCUGUAGGUAUGGGUGCUGAUGUUCCAGGAUCCCUAAUGUUCAACAGUGUUUCAGUGAGCAACGGUGGGAUAAUGUGUAACAUUUGCCACAAAAUGUACAGCAACAAAGGGACUCUCAGGGUGCACUAUAAAACAGUGCACUUACGAGAAAUGCACAAGUGCAAAGUCCCUGGGUGCAACAUGAUGUUCUCCUCUGUCCGCAGCCGAAAUCGGCACAGUCAGAACCCUAACCUGCAUAAAAACAUUCCUUUUGCUUCAGUAGAUUAGUUCCAACGUGGACACGGCAAAUGCCAGCUCUCACGGAGGGCCAAUCACAUUUGAACUGCCAUAUACAGUCUAUAUAUAUAUAUAUAUAUAUAUAAAAUAUAUAUAUAUAAAUAUACAUAUAUAUAUAUAAUCUUUUUUCUCUUUUAACAAAAGAAAGAAAAACACCAGGUGCUUUUUUUUUUCUUUUUCCUUUGUUGGUUUAUUUUCAGGGUUGAGAGGGAGGGGCGGGGUCAUUAACCUAGGGUUGAAUAUCCUUAAUGAAACCACAAGAAACUUGCAAUCAGGCCCAUUUUUGUUAUAAAAUUCUUGGUCAUCUCCAAAGAGACAAUUUGUUCUGCCCAUAACUGUUGCCUGAAAAAAAGAAAAAAGAAAAGAAAAAAAAAAGAAAAGAAAAGAAAAAAGGAACAAAAAAAACAAAGAAAAAGAAAAAAGAAAAAAAAGCUUCUUAGUUGUCUUUGUGUACUUUAAGCCUUUGGGAGAACCUUCUACUAAGCAUGGCUGUUACACUUGUAUAUAUAUAUUGAGCCCAGAGAGGCCUAUGAUGUAAAACAAUUGUAUUGAUGGUGGUUUAACUCUUAUGUUUUUUGCUUAAUUUUUACAGUUACAUCCAGCUGUUAGACAAGCAGGAAGAAAUAGUUUGCUGGCUAGCUCUGUUCAUUUAUGUUAGCUUUAAUGCACAUCUUUAAAAGAAACAUGGUCUUGUUUUAACUACCUGCUUAUAAUAUAUAAGUAAAACAGAGGUGCUGGCAUGCUUUACAGUACCUAAUCUGAUACAGUUUUUUUGUCUUGUACUAUUACAUAAAUACAGUCAUGCACUUUUUCAUACACUACAAGGGGACGUGUAAUAAUAUCCAUGCUUUUUUUCCUUAAACUAUUGCCAUACUUUCAAUAAGUGUCUUUUAAAAAAAAUACACUUAGAUAAAAGUGAUCCGGUCAGUAUGGGGCAUGAAUGCCAAACAGAAAGUAUUAGUGUUUAGUGUUAAUACAAAAGUGCCAAUUUUGCACAAGUUUUCAGAAAGAAAAUAUAAUUAGUUACCAUCAUCACAGGCUGAGAUUUUGUGACCAAAAGAAAAGUGCUGUGGGAGAAUAUAAAGAACUCUUGGUGCUUUUUUCAAGUGCUGAAUGUUAUUACAGUCACCGCUGCAUCCUUAUUCUCAUGUGUUAUGUUAAAUAAAAGAGAAAAACAGAAUUAUGUCCAGAAUGAUGUGGUGUGACACAGUGGAGGCUUUCCUUUUCUUGAACAAUGAUAAUAUUUCAGGCUAGUGAUGCCUCAAAUACUUACUGCAGAACAAAGCUAGGUACAGUAAAUCUAGUUUGGUGCAAGGCCUGGGCUCCUGUGGUGUUUAAAAAAAAAUAUAUGGAAAAAAAAGUCUUAACUCUGUCCUUCUGUGAAGUUGUCUUAUUUGCAAUGGAAAGUGCUGUCAUAUGAUUAAGAUGUGUUUUAUAGAAGCAAUCAAAAGACAUUAACGGCAGAGGAAUUUCUGAAAACACGUGCUGGACUUUUUAUUGGGUAACUUUCCCUUUAGAUAAAUUAGAGGCCAAAAAAGGAUCUCUGGUUUGUUUAAUGAUUUGUGUUUCACCCACAUGGUUUGUCAAAGAAGAAUGAAAGUAAAUCCAAGAAGAGAGAGAGAGAGAGUAAGAGCAAGCAGUUGAGAAACAGGGAGAGGCUGCUCUCCAAAUCUUUUUUGUUUCCGGUGUUUACACAUGUUGCUUGAACUGGUAAACCGCACUGGCAGCCUAAGUUACCACAACAUACUGACUGAAUGAUGAUAUUUACUUAAGUUCAGCCUACAGCCAAAACCAUUAAGGGGUGUGUUGUAGAUUUUUUUUUAAACCAAGUAAUAUUUCAGAGUACAAUACUUUCUCAAAGAGAAUGUAUUCCUUUUCUCUAUUUAAUGGACUAGAACAUUUCUUUUGUUAUGCUGAGUCAGAAAUGCUCCUUUGUUUCAGAUUGUUUUGUGCAUUUUGAUCAUUUCUAAUAUUAUGUCCAUGUGAGCACUCAUUCCUGUUAAAUUAUCAAAAGGAAACUGUUCAUAUGGAUUCCACUGUCUCUACUCCCCCACCCCCAUUUAGGUUUAUUUGUAUUCAUCAUUUCUAAGAGUAAGAGUCAAGAGCUAAUAAGUUAGUAUUUUGGUUUAUAGACAAUAAAAUUUAAAAAAAAAUCUUUCUAAAGAGAUUCUAAAUAGCUCCCUUGAGAUUUCUAAUUUAAGGCCAGUUUCUGGUCACUUCUUGGUUCUGCACAAUGUGUAGAGACAGAAAAUGUUUGUGAAUUCCACAGAAACCAUUUUAAAAAACUUUGCGUCUGGUAUGUCUUAACAAAAAAAGGUACAACAAAAAGCUGAGCAAUUUUGGCUGAUUUUUUUAAUUUUUAUUUCAUCUUUUCCCAAAGUCUUAAUUUCUUUACUUUUGUUAAAUGGAAUGAAGAGAUCUGCUUUGCUUUGUUUUAUGCUGUGUGUGUUCAGUAUGUUUUUGAAAGAGGGAAUUUAGAACAGUAAAGGUGCAUCUUCUAAAACAUAUGAACCUUUGUAGUGUUAUCUGUGCUGCAGUCUUGUCAUAAUCCCAAGCAAUUAGGAAUCAAGCAAGAUGGAAAGUUUAAAAAAAGGAAACAAAAAUUGCUGACGAUCUACAGAAAAAAACACUGUUUUGAAGUAUGUAUGGUAUAAAUAAAUAUCUUUUUUUAAUGAAAAACACAUUUGAGGUAUAUAAAUAAUUCUUUACUGAAUGAAUCACUGUUCUGCAUUCUCAUUUUACUCUGUUUCUGCUAAAGGUCAAAUAGUUUUGGUAAACUAGUUUGGAAACUUUAAACAUCAUCAGCAGAUCAGUUCAGCAAAUGAAUUACACAGAAAACGUCUGUUCGUGACACAGAAUGAAAUGGAACAUUAGAAGGAUGUUAGGGAUCAGAGACAAAUCUCUUGAUAUUUUGUUAAGCCCUUUAGUCCUGGCUUUAUAAUAUCCUGAACUAGUCCUCAUUGUGUUUAGGCAUUAUGGAAGCUGUUGCCUGCUUUUAGGACAGCUCAGCUUUUCUUUGUCCCCACUCUUCCAUACUUUGACAAGAAUAUUUCCUGCCAUAUCUAGCCAUAAUUAACUUGCUCUGCCAACACUAGUCAUGUCUUAUGACACAUUAGUUGGUUCAAUGAGAACUGUAAAACUUCCACUGGAUUGAAAGCAGCUCACCCCUUCCCCCUUCACAUGCAUGUCUGUGAGGUCAAAUAGUCAUCAGAUAUGUUCCUCAAAUGGAACUUGCAUGGUUUGAAAUUUCCUAAAAAACCCAAAACCUGAAGCAUUUCAGUGGUCCACGUGAUAAGGGUUUUGUUUUCGUGCCACUCUUAGGCUGUAAAUAGAUGUCACAUUUGACAGAAGCCUGAUUGUCCCCAGGUUUGACUUGGAUCAAAACAAGAGCUACGAAGUCAUUUACAAGCAUCGGUUCAAGUUCCAUUGCUGUUCCUUUGCCAGUAGGUGGCCAGGGAGAGCACACAGGUUGGCCAGCUUGUCCCUGGAAUGACCCAUGAAAACCUCACAGACACACGUUGCUGUCCCAAGAAAAAACGAUGGCACAUUUUAUCCCACAUACUUUGGUAGGACUAAGGCAGUACAGUGGACUUGUAAAUCUGUAGGGUUGUGGUGCAAAAUACUUUUUCCUGAGACAAAUGCAACAUCUAUUUACAGUCUUAGUGGAUGUCAUGAAAACAAUCACAACAGUUGGCAUCAAUGGGCAGUCUCAGCAGAAGCCAUGAAGUUGAAUGAGCCUGGUGAUUUGAACCUACUGUCUGUCCAGAUCAGGGCUGAGGUGCAGUGACAUGGUAUUGUGAGGAAGACUGCACAGCAACCCAUGCUGGAAUUGUUCUAUGCCUAGCUCUUCUGUUUCUAGAGUCAUCAGUUGAGGGCACCUUUCACAACAACUAACCAAAUUAAGGGGGGAAAAGGCACCAAGUGUAUUCAUUUCAAGAGGAGUUUUCCCAAUUUUGGUCCAGUAGAUACUGAAAAUGCUUACCAGAUAAUGUUCAUGUUUUGCUCAUUUCAGACUAGAUGUAUUUUUGUAAAUAUCAAAAUGGUUUAGUCCACUUUAGGAAAUUUCUCUGCAUGCUAAAUUUCCUUCUUUAAAAGACAGCCUCUUCUUGUCUGGAGUUUGCUUGGGCUUUUUGUUAGCUUUUUUUUAAAGGAAGCAUGUGAUAUCAGUUAAGCACUAUGUUCCUUUUGAAGCCCCAUACUAAAUGAUUUUUUAAAGGAAAGCACUGUGGCCGAAAUACAGAAGCAAGAGCCAGUAACUCUAAUUACUAAUCCCAGUUUUGGCACUGUCUCACUGUUUGGUCUUGGGCAAAUUGCUUCACCACUUUGUGUCUGAGUUUACCCCUCUGUGAAAAUGGGGAUGAUAAUGAUACUACUUACCUACCUCACAGGGAUGUUGUGAGGAUUAAUUAGUUGAUGUUUUUAAAGAACUAUUGUCAGCGCUACAUAUUAUUACACAUUUUACACUAUUUCGAUUAUAUUGGUAAACAAUGUCUUUGCCUAAGGAAAGUUGAAAUGGCUGAGAUUUUUACUUUCCCUCCAGCUGCUUCCCUAUGAAAGUGAGGUUUACAAUGCAAAACCAGCCAACUCUUAAACUACAGUUGGCACCACAGUGACAUUGUAAUAAAGAACAUAUAGUACAAGCACUUGGUCAUAGAGUCACAACUGAAUUUGUUAAGUUGUGCAAGGUACAGGUUAACAGGCCCAUUUAGUACUUUCACACUGCUCUAAAAGAUUUCUAACAUGCUUUUCAAGAACUCGGCUCAUAAAAAUGGACUAUUUCCCAGGGAAUGAUGGAGUCUUUACACUGGGGAAAUUGUGAGCCAUACUUGCUUUGAGUAAAUUUCACAUAUUCUCUUUCUUUCUCUUGUGGAAAUAAAACUCUAUCUUCACUACUCAUUCCAGAAGGCUGUAAACUGCCUUCCCCCCAUUUCUUCUUAGCUGUUGUACCCACACAGAAAAAAAGAGAGAGAAUCUUAUUUGGGGAGAGAGGCAAUUAACAUUAUAUUUCAAAACAUAAAAUAUAUCCCUGGGAGUGGCAAGAGCUGCUUAACAUCUCUGUUUAUCAGCUCCAGUAAUAUGUAAUAAGAAUAAUGCAUGUCUUGAAUGUCAUUUCUUUUUGAGUUUUAUCCACCUUGCUUCUUUUAUACAACUAAAAAUAGAGCAAUUAUAAGACCUAUGGACAUAUACAAGGCACAAAAUCUUGAUUUUUAAUGUGCCUCUGGAACACCACGAAGUUGAAGGACGUUCUGAUUCAGGGCUACGAUUAAUUCUAAAGACAGGGACCACUUACAAAACUUUCUUCUUUGGGAAGUCCAGGGAUGUUAAAAUCAAAGGACUUGAGUUAGGUCAGUUGUUAGAAGUAGCACAAGGAUGUCAGCUACCUCAACCAUACAGAAGGUCUUUUCAAAAAUACAUUUGUUUCCACUUGACAGCAGUGGCCUAGAACAUUUUCACAGUGUUUUGGGGAAAGGAAAACUGUAUUCUAAAAAUGGGCACACGCUCCUUUAGGUUUUAAAUAUUUUUUUUUUUUUCAAAGAGAAUUAUUGUUUUCUCCCCUUCUCAAAGCAUGUUUCUUUACCUUUCAUGUGUCUCUGUUUAGGUGAAUUAACAGAUUGAUUUUUUUUCUUAUUUGAAGAAAAGAUGAAAAGUCCUCUGUAGUAGGUGUAAGGAGGCAGCUGGAGUUGUCUAUGGGGAGAAGGUGAGUGGCAGAUGCAUGAUGGCAGCUGGUGUAUGUCGGUUCUUUUUUUUUUUCUUAUGUCACUACUUUGCUGCUAUAGUAACACAACAAAACAGUGACUUCAGUGCUACUUUGCUAGAUAAGGAUCAGCAUAUCCCUCUGUCAUCACGUGAUGAGUCCUUUUUCCCUCCUAAGGACAUAAAAGGAACUUUUUUUCCAUACCCAUUAUUUUUAUUUCCAUGCACAGCUACAUCAUAUGAUGGCACUCACCCCUCACCCACGUGUUAAUGCAGGGAUGUAUCUAUACCAAUAACACAGUUUCUGCAUCUUCUUGGAAUACAGCAUUAUCACUCCCUAGAGAAGGUCUGUGGCAGAACAAAGCAGUGGCUCCUCAGCUUUGGCAUCUUUUUUUUUAAGUCCUAGCUUAAUUUUCCUUUCUGUAGCUUUUUUGCCUGGUCACAUCAUUGUCACCAAUGACAGUGAAAACACACACGGAAACAAAGACAAAUGUCCUUUUGAUCAAGCCAUUGCUUGAAUAAUUUCCAAUACUAAAUGCUCAUACAUUUAGCAUUGGAAGGGGGAAAGAGGACCAAAUUCUUUGGCCAUAAAAGAGUUAACCCCCUUCUCCCCCCCCCCCCCCAUUUUUGGCAUGUCCACUGACUUUUGCCAGUAUUAUUGUUUAUCAUGAUGAAACUGUAUUUUUUUUUAAAUAGCAACAUACUGUUGUUGUCAUAAAACUUUUUUUUCAUUCUUCUCCUCUAACGCAUGGUGUUGUAAAUUCAUGCGACCUUUACUGCAAAGAAUAAAUACUGCUUUUUAUAGAAGAUCUCAAGACAAGGCUUGGUUUGUAACAAAUAGUGACCCAUUACAAAACAGGAGGAAAAAAACCCUGAGCUGAGCAGCAAGAAGCUUCAGUUCAAUUUCACCUCAUAUCUUUCUAAUAACUUACUUGUCACUUUAUUACCUUCCAGUAAUGUGAACGCUGCUGACAAGACUGUCACACUAACAGCAGACAACACCCUCUCUUCCUUGGCCCAGCUCUCCUGACUACUUAUUGCACUGGCCCUGAAGGGACACAAACUAAUAGUGUGCUUUCAAGUUCAGCACUUGGCCAUCAAAUAUAAAAGGAUGCGUAAUUGCCUGUUUAUCCCUUGUGAAGGGGAAAUUGAGUACAAGCAGAAGCCAGGCUUUCCCUCCGAGUUUCUUGAUACACACACACACUCACAUCUGCAGUGAGUGAAGGGAGGUCCCAUCUGGAGUUCUUCGAUUUGUCUUUGGGAAGCCCAAGGCUGCCACCGGCUGCUCUAUCCAGCUAUCAGGCAGACAGUAACAAGAUGACUUCUUAACAAAAGGUCAGCUGAGAAAUGCUGUCCGUGACGGCACUUUUGUCUGCUUAUGUAGAAACUAAUUGCUUUGUAUCGGCAUAAAGCCAUGCUGUGCUUCCUAGAAAUAGGCAUGGAGGUUUGCUACUGGUGCUACCACUGAAGUUAAAUGGUAAACAGGUUGUAUGGGUUUUUUUGUAGUUUAACUCAUCCUAUUGUAAAAUUAGGAGCAAAAUUCCUUUCUCAGAUCUACACAGUGUGUGUCAAUCCCAGUGCACAUUUUUGCCUCAAUAUGUGCAUUUCAUGUUAAGGUGAACAGGAAUCUCAAUGGAUCUUGGUAAUAGAGAUAGGAUCUGUUUUACUGAUAUGAGGAGAAAUUUGCCCUAUUUUUUUUAAUUCAGAAGAGGAUUGCUAAAAAUUAUUGACUUGCUCCUUUUAACUAAGGUCAGCAGAAGGAAAUGGAGUAGGAAGAUAUGAUCUGGAAAGUUAUAUUCGUUUUUCAAAAACUCAGAAUUCCAAGUGUAUGAAAGCAAGUGUACCUGGGAUAGAUGCACUGUCCAAAAUGCUCUUUUGGCUUUGUUGCAGCUUACCUUUUUUAAUCAAAGCUAGACUUAGACUCUCAUAUAGUUAGUGAAAGCCCAGUCCCAAGAAAUUGAAACAUACUUGACUUGUGCUGUAAUUAGAAUAUAUAUUUAAGAAAUAGUCAUUCCUUUUUGUUGUAUUUGUGGAUCAGGUUGCUAUGGGCUGUGAAUACUAUUAUGUCAAAUAGUAUUGGGGGCUGUAAAAGAUCACUGCAAUUCCUAAAAGUGAAAAUGUGAAUGCAAACAUUCUGGAGUGGAAAAUUUUAAAGUGCCACUGUUUUGAGGUAGACAAGGUUCCUUGGGUGAAUUUGAUAUCUUUUAUUAGACCAACCCAAAUGGUUGGAGAAUGGUUAUUAAGCAAGCUCUUGGGUUCAAAAAAAAAACUGUUUUGAGGUGUGUUUGCAUAGAUUGAUACUAUACAGCAGCUUUUGUUUGAAGGUCCCAGAUGCUGGUGUGCUCUUCAAUACACUAUUGCAGUUUGGUACUCACAAGAGUAGCUAUGUCCAUCUCUAUAAAUACACUACAGCUUUUUAAUGAUCAGACAUGAGAUCAUUGAUCGUUUCCCUCCCCCUCCAUUCAAGUGUAUCAGAAAUUAUAAUAGAGGAGAAACUAUCAGAUAUUUUCUGAGAGUAUUAUGGUAAGAGGUGAUGGGCUGUUUCUUUUUGAAGUUAAAGACUGACCCCAUCAUUUUCCCUCUUGUCAAUCUUUUAUACAGUUUACAUAUGCAGAGUAUACAUGGAAGCAGAAUAUAGACCAAAUCAAAUAAGCAAAAGCCAGUCCAGGCUGGACUAACACCCUUUCUUUUUGUAUAAUUUUUGAAGGCUGUCUGUGGAAAUUGAGCACUUUCUGAUCAGAGAAACCUAUACAGUAUGGGGAGCUUUUUCCUGUGUGUUUCCUUGUAUAUGCUUUUAAUGAUCCAGUGUAUGACUGUCAGAGAUAUAACAGUCUUAGAACAAAGACUCUUGUAUUGAGGGUAUAGAUUGCCAAAACUACAGAUUUCAGCAUAUCUACCUGUAUAUCUUCCUCCAAGUCCUAAGUAAUAAGGAAAGCUUGUAGGAUAAAUUUCUAAUGUGUUUACUAGAGAGCUUUAUUCAAAUGAUCCUCAUAUUUAAUAUACCAUCCUUUUCAAAUCUUUGGAGAAAAGUAUUUUGGGAAAAUGGAGGAAAGUAUCUAAUGCAAAUAUAUUUCUUGAGGAGAAAUUGAGAGAGAGAGAGAGGGUGGGGGGAAAGAGACUAGCUAAGUGACGCAUAAAGAUUUUAUAAGGCAUCCGUUGUCAAACAAAAGGCUGAGAAUGAUCAGAAGAUAAUGCACAGUUAGGAUGGCAAACUCAUCAAUAGUUAAUCAGAAUCUGUCCAUUUCUGUUAUGGAAUGCAAAAGCCUGUGAAAGGUGACUCUGGGGAAAUAGUGGCACUGGUGAUUGUGUGUGUGCAUAUUUGUACGGGGGAAAGAAAAAGCAAAAAGUGAUGCAAUUGCUGUUGGUAGCUCUUGACUUUUAUUAGCAGUCUGUCUCCCUAUUCUCCCCUCCCCUUUCUACACUGGUAGGAGAGAACACAUCCCUCCUGCCCCAGCUCAGAAACAGUACAGGAGUUCUGUGGAUUGUGACUAUAGGGGUAUUCCUCUUAGUCUCUCAGACAAGGUACUAGGUAAAUAGAUUCAUUUGAGAUGUAUAAAUUAAAGCUGAUUCAUUCAUUAUUUUUCAAUUAGGUUUUUUUUUUACAUGAAUUUGUACAGUUAUCUAAUCUCCUUCAUUUUCUCAUUUCCCAAGCAUUUCACCUAUACCCCCUCUCCCCCCCAAAACAAACAAACCCCAAACUCCCAAAAAGACGCGCACACAGAGAAAUGAUGCAUCCUCCUGUGGAAAAGUUUGCAUGUUCUCCUCAUGCAAGCAUUUACAGUUUGUAAAGUGGUUAAGUGAAUGACAUGUUCUAGUAUUAUAUAUUUAUCUGAUAUGGCUAGCUAUACUUAUAAAAUCCAUGUGGUGGGUUUUUUUGUGUGCAAACUUUGGUUCAUGUAUCACAUGGGGAGCUUUCCCAUCAUGAAGUUGCAUCCUGAUGCGCAGCAUUCUCAGUGUUCGUACUUGUGCCUAUUGUCUUCAUUAAAAACAAGGAGCAGCAAGAGCUGGCAGUGCUUUAUGCUCCAACAUAGGUUGGUACUCAUGGUGGGCAAACCACUUGAUUUGAACCUUAAGUGCACUCAUAAUAUAACUUAAUUCAAGUUUAACCUGCACUCAUUUAACCACAAGUGGGUUCCCCAAGUUCUUUUUGUCUCUGCAAGCUUCUCAUCACAGUGGGUUUAAACCCAUCAUCAAAGGGGUUAACAUUCUGUCUAGAGAUGUACAAAACUUUGGAGGCUUUUGUUUGCAGGCACAUUUGUUGUUUCUGUAGCGUUCACUGGGAAAGGUCACAUGGAGCAAACUGCAUGGAAUUUUCUGAUAGUCACUAAUUCUGUUUCCAGUCGCAGCGAACUGGAAAGACCUGAAUUUUUCCAGUUGGUUCACAAACAGAUUUAAGCACGGGUAAGCCAGGUUUGAACCUGAAUAAAUCUUGGGGCCUGUAACCCCACACAAAACAGUUCAGUUGCAUGAAAAAGCCCAUGCUCUUGUUCCGAACUGAGCAUAGGUGGGUGUUCACAGCUGUAGUGUCUACUCCUUUUAUCAUUCAUUAUUGUGCUACAUUCACAUGACUCCUGGAGAAAUGUGGUACUUCUGCGUGGCAAACCCACUGCUGUCCCAUGGUAAAACUUGUUUAAAGGGGCUUUAUCAAAAUGGGUUGCCAGGACACAUGUUCUGGGAACAAUAAGAUUUGGAGAGGGAUGAAAUUUUUUGCAAAGGUAUUUUUCCCAGUCUUACUAGAGUAGGCGUUUUGUUUCUACUUUUUGUUCUAUUUGUGAGUGAAACAUGAAUGCUUUGCUAUCCUGCCUGCAGAACCAAAGCAUGCACUACAGAAUAUAGCUGUACCAAGGGAAUUGAAAAACUGCAUCACGUUGAUCUAAUAAUCGUGACAUUGGUAGCUUCAUAAAUACUGUAUGUACCCUAAACAAGUUUUUUCCAUUAGUAGUUGGAGGGAAUUAAAAGUCCUGUUUUUAAUUUGACAUUUCUUUCUUUGUAUUUUCUGUACUAUAACUGUCCUACAGUAUGUCUUUUGCAUAAAAUGCAUAAGGGUUUGGGGAUGUAAAUGGAAUUUUAUUCAUAUUUUGUCCAAAUACCUCUUGUAAUUUGUAUCAAAAUUCUUGUACAAUUUUUAUAUUAAAGAUUUAUCAGUCACUGA